CUGUUAAUCUGUGAAGUUCUACAUUUUACUUAUACUUGCUUUGCAAUUAGCCUAUAACCUAGCUGCGUAACAAAAUGAAAGGAAACAAGCGUCGAAGUUAACCAUUAACAGUUAUUUCUCACGGAUUAGACGGUCAUACUCAAGAGAAAAGUUAAUACUAAUACGUUAUUAUGUCAGCGGCAUCGGACACAAACUGUCACUUUCAACAACAAAGACUGAGGCUUGGGAGCGCUGGUUCCCCCAGUUUACCCAACAAUAGCAGCAGCCGGCUCCAGCCCAUUCGUGCCAUCGUUCCCUAUCAGCUUUUGCGCGGUGGUCAGCAAAGUCCACCGCGGUCUUCCUCUGUCUGCGCCGGGAGCGGUAACAACGCCGGGGCAACACUGUGCCUCAGCUCGAGCCCACCGUGUCAGAUACAGCUGCUUUCAAGUCAUGGAGGAAACGCCGCGGUGGAUCACAGGCUGCCUGCGAUGCAGAGACUUUCUCCCGAAAGCAGGAGCUCGCCUGAAAGACCUUUAAACUCAACCUACAGAGCUGAGAGGCCCGUGCCACAGCCGGUCCGCAGCUCUACUGCCAUCCGCCGCACAUCUUCCCUGGACACUGUCACCAUCACCGUCACCGGGCCCUACCUCACGGGUCAGUGGCCUCGCGACCUGCACACUCCUGACCCGUCUUGGACCAGAGACAAGGCCACACAGACAUCCUGGUUGUGGGGAGAAGACAGAGGAGAUCUGGCAUGUGUGCAUCAGCGCUCAGCAUCUUGGGGUAGUGCAGAUCAUCUCAGAGAGCAGAUCGCUAAGCUCAGGCAACAGCUGAAGAAGCAGGGGGUCAGGCCUUGCCGGGAGAAGGAGAGAGAGAAAGAAAGAGAGAGAGAGAGGGAGAAGGAGCAAGGGCAGGGGCCAUCUAACGCAGGCAGCCUGGCACAGACAAAGGCACCAGCUCCUUCUACUGCCUUGAAGUCCCUGGCAUGCAGAGCACCUAGUUACACAGAGGGCAUCAACCAUGAGCUGGAGAACGUCUUCAUCAAUGACGAGUGGGAAAGGGACGACUUGAAGCUGUUGGAGGUUCAAGAUGGGCGAAGGGCCCCUUUCCCCCUGCAUUGCCAUGACAGCGGCACCAGCAGCCGCGGCAGCAGACGGAGCGCAGACGCCCAGGCCGCCCCCAGCUGCUGCUCCAGCCCGAGGUGCCGCCACACCCCUUCGCCCUCCCCCACCGGGCCCCUCGACUCCCAGACCAGCAGCCCGUGGCUCCUGGAGGACCAGGACAAAGAUAGCGGGAGUGGCUCACCUCUGCCCAAAUAUGCGACCUCUCCUAAGCCUAACAACAGCUUCAUGUUCAAACGCGAGCCUCCCGAGGGGUGCGAGAAGGUCAAGGUGUUUGAGGAGACGAUAUCCAGUGGCUUCCCUCUCUUCUCCUGCCCUGAUAAAAACAAGGUGAACUUCAUCCCCACCGGCUCGGCCUUCUGCCCCGUGAAGAUGCCCUGCUCGGCUCUCCGGUCCUCCAGGCUAGGAGCAGUAGGUCCCCACACAGCCGACCACGUCUCGGGCUCCACCUCCUCCUCCUCCUCCUCCUCAGGAGACAGAGCACUUCCAUCGGGCCCCGGGACUCGCUAACACAUUACUCCUCACACCGAACAUUGCCUCAUCUUCAGCCCAACAUCAGGGUCCAGACUCACCUCCAAGGCCUUCUGUUUCAAACCACCCCCACACGUGGAAUUACACACAAGAUUUUGAUGCAGAUCACUUACUGGAAUCACUGUCAACACUGUGGAUGCCACAAUGCUCUCUCUUUGAAGCCUGAACAAGGUUUUCUUAGGAACUCUUGCCAUUGCAGGGGCCCUUUAAAAAUAUAAAAAAUAAAAAAAUAUACCUGCAAUUUGAAAAAUAUAGAACCUCGAAGAGGAAUGGGAAUAGAGAGAGGCACAUGCAUUGCUUAUCACAAGUUAAAGUAGUUUUCUUCCUGUGUUAAAACUCCAAUAUGUUGAUGUGUGUGUAAGAUUUUUGUAUGGACAUGUCAUAUAGUGUAUUUUUCUAAUUUAGAACUCCGUGGCUCUGCAGUACCCAGAAUCUAUUCUGUACAGAUGCAUGUGUGUUACUGAGCUUCGGAUGCAACGCUAGCAGUGUUGUAGCACGGUAUCCUGCUCCAUGCUAUGACAUGUGUCCUCAGGUUCUCUGGAAUGGAUAUCAAAGUGGGUUGGAUCCACUGUGUCUGCAAGUUCACUGGAAAAUACUCCACUCAGUGCCUUUGCUCCAUGGCCUACCAUAGUACAAUGUCUCUUAUAGUUCAGUGUUUGUCCCCAUGGAAGUACUUCGAGCCUAACAUCUUCAGCUGAUCCACAAUCCCAACCGCUGCACUCUAGGGUACAGACUCCUGAUGUAGCAUAUGAGUCAUAACAUGUUUUCAACUUUCAGCAUAAGAUUGCUAUAAUAUGAUUCCAAUACUUUGCCAAAUGUUUUGACUAAACACAGAUUAUAGAGUUGAGUUUGAUUGUCUAACACAUUAGUCAUCCAGGAGUAAAAUACUUCGUGUGAAGUUGACUCAAAGGAUGUACUGUACUAAUACAGUAGCACCACUGAUGUCUGUAUCGUAAAGUUGACGAAAGGAUGUUUGUAAGUAAGUAACGAGGCUCAUAGUCACUAGAUAGAGGGCCAGGUGGAUGUCUGGAUGCUUGCUAGCAUUUGAGUACCCAAUAUAUGCUAUUUUAUAUCGGACCGAUGCCACAAAAAAGACUUUGCGGUAAACGGUGAGCUUUUCACUUAAACAAAUGACUCUCCCUUAAAGUAACAUUACAAAGUUACUCUAAACUAAAAUGUAAUCUGAUAAUCAGAGUGCACAGUUAUGUUAACCUUAGCUUUGACAAUUACUGUAUGUGUCACUGAAAUAAUAUGAGAAUCAAAUAAAGCCAGAGCAGCCAAAUCUACCCAAUUGGACCAAUGCUUUUACUUAAUAUGGGAAGCAUCUGUUUAGGGCUGGGAACAUUAUUUAUUUUUCACCUUUUGCAAGUUUUCAGCUUCUCAAAUCUUUGUAUGUGUUAAUUGUGUGUUAUCAGAGAUUGCUACAAGUUGCAAUGUACCUUUCCACACAGUAGCUGUGGGAUCUUUUUUUUAAUAAAUAAAGGAAUGAGCAAAAA